AUGGCUGCACUGAGUUGUCUUUUGGACAGUGUUAGGAGGGACAUAAAGAAGGUGGACAGAGAAUUAAGACAAUUGAGAUGUAUCGACGAAAUCAGCUCCCGCUGCCUGUGUGACUUGUACAUGCACCCGUACUGCUGCUGCGACCUGCAUCCCUACCCCUACUGCCUCUGCUACUCCAAGCGAUCCCGCUCCUGUGGCCUGUGUGACCUCUACUACCCGUGCUGCCUGUGUGACUACAAGCUGUACUGCCUUCGCCCAUCGCUCCGCAGUUUAGAGAGGAAAGCAAUCUGCGCCGUGGAUAAGAAAGAAAGGGACUGUCACCUAGCCAAACUCAGAAGGACGACAAAUAGAAUUCUGGCCUCCUCUUGCUGCAGCAGUAACAUAUUAGGAUCGGUGAAUGUGUGCGGCUUUGAACCUGAUCAAGUCAAAGUGCGCGUGAAAGAUGGGAAGGUCUGCGUGUCGGCCGAGAGGGAAAACAGGUACGACUGCCUCGGAUCCAAAAAGUACAGUUACAUGAACAUCUGCAAAGAGUUCAGUCUGCCGCCAUGUGUGGAUGAGAAAGACGUGACGUACUCCUACGGGCUCGGCAGUUGUGUCAAGAUCGAGUCUCCAUGCUACCCUUGCACGUCUCCCUGUGGCCCCUGCAGCCCCUGCGGCCCCUGCAGCCCCUGUGGCCCCUGCGGCCCCUGCGGCCCUUGCGGCCCCUGUGGUCCCUGCGGCCCCUGCGACCCUUGCAACCCCUGCUAUCCCUGUGGAAGCCGAUUCUCCUGUAGGAAGAUGAUCUUGUAA